CUGGGAUCUCGUUCAUCAAGGCCAAGGGCAUUCACUAAUCGUUUCUCUUCUUCCCUCUUUUGUUCUCCCGCGUUAUUGCUUUCUAUCCUCUUUUGUCAACCCAUCCUUCCAUCAAAUAUCAUUCAUAUCGAACGAUGUCCGUUUCAUCCUGAAAAGGCCUUGGUAUGGGACGCAAGCUGUCACUCACAAAUCUCGCCCUGGCAGUCGGUCAGGAUGCCAUCCCCACACAAGAAUAUUCGUCGCCAUCGCUGUCGGCCAUGUCGCACCCCAGCUCUUCCCCUGACUCCACCACUACUCCCAGCAAUAGCCACUCCAAUGUCCACAUCUCGCCACUUAAUGCCCAUUCAAGCGAAUCUGACCUGCUUUCAAUACACUCUUCAGUGCUUGCGACAAUGGCAUCCACUCCAAUUCGAAGCCGUUCCUCUUCUCCAGUCAGCAACGGCCUGAUCGCUGGUGCGAACAGCCAUUUAAAUUCAACCGCAUCAGAUCAAACGACUCCAAGGACUUCUACACCAGCAGCGGGUGCCGCUUCCAGCAGGGCACAUGAAUAUAGCUCAGACCCGAGAGCGUCAACCGUGACGACGGAUACCACGGCAACAUUGCUGGCAUCUUCGCUUGUUUCCUCCACAUCGUCAAUUCUGAAUGGAAGCUAUCAAGCUGAUUCACCUGACACUGUUGAGGUUCCCGCCCAACAAGCGCAUUUUCUAAUAGAGACGCCUUCAAGAGCCGACUCGUGUCGUCCGACAUCGAUGUACUCGACCACAACAGAUACCACGGCAGCGACAGGGAGUCGUUAUUCCGGCGAGAAGAAGUAUAGCGAUGCCCCUAUCAGACCGUCAGCGAGACGACAGCGAUCCCGGGCAACGGAUAUCCUCCUGAACUUGGAGUCUUCCUCGAAUGACGCACGGUUUCAAGAGAUUCUGCACAACUCAAUAGCGUUAGAUCAUUUCCGGCAGUUUUGUUUCCAAGAAUACUCGAUCGAGAACUUGCUGUUCUGGAUGGAUGUUGAGCUAUUUGCGAAACCGAGCAAGGAAUUUCUGAAGAUGGGACGAAGGAGUAAGCCGAUGGACCAAAGUGAUGAGAAGGAUGAAGACGAGAAGGAACAGGAUGAUCUAGGGGCGGACAAGACACAGGAAAUGAGUGCAGAGCAGUUUGGAGUCCAGCAUGCGCGGUAUAUCUAUUUGACAUAUAUUGAUUCAUGUGGGCCGCUGCAAGUCAAUCUGAGUGAUGAGAGUCGAACAGACAUCCCCUGGCCUAUUCUGGAUUACGAGUCACCUAAUGUACUGUCGAUGCCUUCGUCUGUGGCGCCUUCACCUCGGCCUAUAGAAAAGAAGAAGGGCGGAUACCGCUGGGGGUCGUUGAGCAAGGAUUCGAGGAAGGAAGAGAGGCGACAGGGAGAAGACGAUGUCGUGGGAUGGCCACUAGAUCGACACAUGUUUGAUGGCGCUCAGGAGCAUACGUAUCAACUCAUGAAGGGACAUACCCUCGUGCGGUUCGAGGAGAGUGAUCUGUGGAAAGCCACCGAGAAGAUCAAACGUGAACAACCCGACGAAUACGCCAAGGCAACGUUCCAAGGUCCCUUCAACUCGCACUAUCGCCCCAACAAGUCCGUCAUCCUUUCUACUGUCGCUCGCUCUCGAUCUCGCCACCCGUCUGCCCGACCACUGACACUGUACAACUGGAACAACUCGACCUCGGAUCUGGACCGGUCUCGCGAUAAGGAAGAGGCCCUGGCCGAAACGAUGAGCCAGUAUUUUGGACCCAUCCCUACAUCAAUUCGCCAUCCCAGUCGUGUUAUCCUUGGUCUAGGCAGAGCGGACGAUUUCGGUGAUGACGAAUUCGAGGAUUCUGACGACUUUGAGAACUGCGCACCCAACGGCAGAAACCUGAGCAACAUAAGGGCUUCAGCGAACAGUGUUGCUGCCAGAGCGGCUGGUGGUACUAGGCGGCACUUGUUCUCCAAACGGCUGAACGAUAAUAUCGUGGGACGGAAGGGGAAUUCCAACUUGAGUGAGGAUAUGAUGGACCUUUAUGCCGAUGAUCAUUAUCGCAGUAGCCAGGACACGGUCGAGAUCGAAUCGAUCGAGAAUGGAAAGCGGACAACGCGCUGGAUGGUAGCGGGGUACUUUAGCGACCACGUCCGAUUGACAGCUGCGCAGAGGAAAAGACUGCUGAGGAGGAACAACAAGCUGACAAAGUUCUUUGGCUCUCGCGUUGAUGGCACGUUGUGUCCGGUGGAGGAGAUCACGGAGAAUGGAGUGAGUCGUGUGGCCUUGGCGGGACCGAGUUCUGCACCAACGAUGGGGUCCCCGUUGGCAUAUGCGCUUUCGUCGUCGACGAUUCAUGACAUGGAUAAGAAACACAUGAGCAAGCUCAGAGGGAAUGGUAAAUCCAUAAAGAUCAAGAGGAACAUGAUGGGAAGCGGGAGCGAGGUGCUCUUGCUGUCGCCGGGCGAAGGAGUUACGAACAAGCCAAAGUCGAGUAAUCUGCUACAGAAAUUCAGGAGGAGUUCGCCAGAGCUGGAGGACGAGAGGGGAUACAUGGCAUUCCAGUCUUUGGCGAGUUCUCGACAUCCUUUUGACGCCAGGCGCUCACCUACGUCCUCCAGGGGGUCGAUUUUCAAGAAGACCGGUGAAAAGGACGGACCUGGCCACUUCAGGUCCAAGACCGCCACAGAUCUACAGCACCAUGAGAGGCGGAUCUUGGCACAUCCGCACCCGCUUUGGAGUGGAUCGCUUUCCGAUCAGGAAGGUGUAUCGUCUUCAGCGUAUGAACGACGCCGUGGUAUGUCAAUUCUCAGCAUCAUGGGUAACAGCAAUCUAGGCGGCUAUAGUGGUGGCGGGGUGGCACCAACGACACCAACUAGCGCGAUGAUAGGGCUGCAUGCUUGGCACAAAGUUGGGGCUGAUCAGGCUGGUGGCGCAUCACUGGAUCGACAGGCCAUGUACUCGAGGCGCAAGAAGGCAGACAAGCUGUCGACGUUCUUUGGAGCACAGUUGACAACACUGGAAUUAUCCUCACAGCUGCCGAUGGGCCAGGAGGACAGUAUGGUUGGAUUCUCACAGCAACAGCAUCGCAAAGCUAAGAUUGAUAGGAUGUCGAGCGAUAGCAACCAGCAGCAGUCCAAGAGGAUUGGCGGGGUGACGGUUUCGUCUGUGAACCAAUUGUCGGACAGAGAGCGAACAGCCCUGUGGAAACGAAAUAAGAAGUUGCGUGGUCUAUUGGGAGAGUCCUUGCCGGAGACUCAGGUCGCGGCUGCGUUGACCCGUCCGGUACUGUUCUCGUCCAGAUUUAAGGGCAUAGGCGCUCAAGGUAGACGGACCAGUGCUGGAAAUAGAGUAGUGAGAAGGAGGCGGCAGAGUUCGGUGACUAGUAAGGCGGGAUCUCGUCAUGGUGCUGAGGAUGAAGAUACUGCUAGCGAUGAUGGACAAAGCGAAGAUGAUGAAGAGGAAGAAGAAGGUGACGAGGACAUGGAUGCGCUUCUGGAUGCAAGUUCUGGAGCCAGUCGUACUAGCAAGGGUAAAGGCAAGAUCCCGAAACGCAGCGGUGUCAGAUCACGCCGUCUAUCUACGGUAUCAGCUUCUCCCAGGAAGGGUUAUCAGUCUCGCCCGUCAAGAGUUCACCGUUCAAGCCUGACUCGCCUAACUAGCCAUCAAUCCCUGCGCUCUUUCCUGAGUAUUGACUCCUUAGUGACCGCCGGCGCGCUUCAAGAUGAUGAUGACUAUGACCAAGAUUUUGCCACUGGUAUUCCGCCAUCGCCUGGCAUUAAGAAAGGCAGCAUCCGACCCUUCAGUCAAACGGAUCUGAGCGCCAACGCCCAUGUUGUCGGAUGCGUGGCUGGCAAUAACCGCAGUCCUAAGAAGGUAGGCAUGAGUCGAUACCAUCGCAAGAAGAAGAUGGACAAGAUCCAUCAGUUCCUCGGCGAUCGUGUACCGGAGCAAGAUCUAUGGAUGGGCACCGUAGGCCGCGAGAGGACUCAAGAGAUGUUGGACUUGAAUCUGCUUUCUCCGACGAGCUCUGUUGGAUCCGGCUCGCCAUCUCUGUCAUCGCUCGAGAGGCAUGGAUUUCAUGCUGGGCGGAGCAGCUGUGGGAGUACUGGUAAGGGCAAGACGGCAGAUCUGAGGGCGGCAGUGACAGGAUCGGCAGCAGCUUUUGGGUCAGCGCCCGCGAGGGUGACGACAGGAGGAAAGGAUGAGUCAGCAAAGAUGGAGAGAUUGCUGUCGGAUCCACGGGGAUUGGGCAUGGGGAGGGGAAAAAGCGAAGGACUGGCCGAGGACCUGAAGCAGCUGCAGGGACAGUCAGUGAAACAAUGCUUCACCACGACAGGUCGACUUCGACAGCAGCUUGCCUCACCUAUCCCACCACCACUAUCUACGUCCAAAGGUGAGAGUAUGUCUGGAAUUGGUCAGUUACUCCAUGCGGACGCCAACGUCAACGCCAACAACAACAACAGUGCGGACGCGGGCUGUAUCUCUUCUUCAUCAGCUACUUCGGGUCCUGCAUUGCCCCUGUCCCCGUUGACUACCACAACGACUGCAGAAAAUGACCUUACAUCAUUUACGCUCGUGCAAGAUUCGCGAUAUGAUAAUGAUUCGGGCGACGAUAUUGCGGCGGCACAGAUCUUGCCGCGAUUACGAGCCAUGUCUGGGAAGGACCAGGAGCGGUUUUUGAGACGGGCAGAGAAGCUCGAGAGGUACUUUGGACAAUUCCCGCCGUCGGUGUUUUUGGAGAACAGUUUGAAGUCGAAGUCAUCGUGCACUGGUGAUUCACGAGUGGCGAGCGCAGGAUCGGAGGGGAGGAAGAAGGAAGAGAAGGGGCAGCGGCUGAAGAAGGAUCAGUUGUCGAAGAGAUCGUUGAGUGAGGAGGUUGAGGACAUGGUCGAGUCGCUGGGGGUUACGGAUACGAAGUUCUAGGUAGAGCUGUGAGCAAUUUUGACAUAUCUAGAAAUACAAUACCCUACUCUCAACGAUUAUGUAUACAUACAUCAAUAUAUCCCGCGAAUAACAGCAAUUCACAC